CAAAAUGGUUCUGCGUAAAAUCUUUCCGGCCAUGUAUGCCGCACCGGACACUGUUCCAGCCGUAUCGCGGAAUGCGACGCUCUACUUGCUGCGCUGUGUCUUUCUGAUGGGUAUCCGAUGGCCACCAAAGAACUUUUUCCUUAUCUACUGCCUGUGGUCCCUUGCGCUGAAUCUGUGCUCCACUCUAUAUCAGCCCAUUGGCUUUAUGACGGGCUACAUCAUUCAUUUGUCGGAGUACUCGCCGAGUCAGCUUCUCAACUCGUUGCAGGUAGCACUCAAUGCUUGGACCUGCUCCGCCAAGGUGAUCAUUGUCUGGUUCUUGGUCAAGCGCUUCGACAGGGCCAAUCUCAUACUGGACGAGAUGGACAAGCGUCUAACGCAGCCCGGCGAGCACAACAAAGUGAAUAACGCAGUCUCAAACAGCAAUCGCAUCUUCUUCUCCUUCAUGACCGUCUAUAUGAUCUAUGCGACGAGCUCAUUCAUAAGUGCUUCGAUCAUGGGCGUGCCCAUGUUCCAGAACUAUUAUCCGUUUCUGGACUGGCGGGCGAGCCGAUUCCAGUUCUGGCUGCAAUCGGGUCUGGAGUUCUUUGCGAUGCUGGGCGCCUGCUUCCAGGAUGUCUGCGUCGACUGUUAUCCCAUCAACUAUGUGCUGCCACUACGCGCUCAUCUGGCCAAUUUUGCGGAGCGUCUGCGACAACUGGGCAAUGAUCCCGAUGAGCAUCCGGAUCAGCUCUACGAAAAGCUAAUCGGAUGCAUACUGGAUCACAAAGUUAUACUGCGCUAUUGCGAUACACUGCGUCCCGUGAUUUCGGGUACCAUCUUUGUGCAGCUUUUGGUAGUGGGUUUCACGCUGGGUUUUACAUUAAUUAAUAUUGUCAUGUUUGCCAAUUUUGGAUCUCGCAUUGCGGCGCUUGUCUUUAUGACCGCUGUGCUGAUGGAGACAACGCCCUUUUGCAUACUCUGCAACUAUUUGGCGGAUGACUGCUAUAAAGUGGCAGAUGCUCUUUUCGAGUCCAAUUGGAUCCAUCAGGAGCAGCGCUACAAGAAAACCAUGCUUCAGUUUUUGCAGAGUCUUCAGAAGCCAAUUGUUUUUAUGGCCGGCGAUGUGUUCAGCAUUUCUGUGGCAACCAAUUUAAAUGCUACAAAGUUCUCGUUCUCUGUUUUUACACUGGUUAAACAAAUGAAUAUAGCAGAGAAACUCUCCAAGCCCAAAGAAGUCUAA